AAAUCUCCAGAUUGGAGCAACGAAUAUGAUUCAACCCUAAUUUCAAGCAAAAGCCCCUCUUUUUACAAGUCUCGGAGAUUACAUACAGUCUUCACUCCAACAAACCAAAGAAGAAACCCAAACCAAAAUGGCUAACGAUCGACGCCCUUCUUCUGUCAAUCCGACGACGGAGCAAGACAAUGCUAUGUUUCUUGAUAUACUGCAUGAAGCUCCUCUAUUCGGUCAUCGAGAAUCGAGAAGUCUCGUUGGAAGCUGCAUUUAUCUUAUCAUAUUGGCAAGUUAUGCUAUUUUAGCAGCAGGGGCACCGUGGAUACUUCAGUCUGUAGAGUAUCUUAUCCCAUCGCUGCUUUGCAGCUGCAAUGUUGCUCUCUUGAUGUUAACUGGUAUGUUUCAGCAAUAUUUUGUCAAUCAGGUCCAGAAAAUACGCUUGCAGGGUUAUUACAGUUUCAGUCAGAAAUUGAAACAUGUAGUUCGUCUGCCAUUUGCAAUCAUGGCCUAUGGGACUGCAUCUAUGCUACUUUUCAUGGUGUGGAGACCAUAUGUCAGUGUUCUUCCCAUUUUUACUGUGCAAAGGUUCAUCAUGUCUGUUGAAGCAAUUUCUGCGGCUUCUUUUAUGAUUGUAUUUGUUGGUUAUGUUCGCCAGUAUAACUCAGUGAACUCUCAGCCCGAUGUCUUAAAUUCAUUAUAUUCUCCUCUUCAACCAGCUGCUUUGGAAGGAUUGAGAUACCAUGAAGCCGGUCGCCUUUCUGAUCAGCAAAUGGCUCUACUGCAAUAUCAGCGCGAGAAUCUCCAUUAUCUCAGUGAAGAGAUUCUGCGUUUGCAGGAGUCCUUAAGCAAAUAUGAGACCAAUGGUAGUGGCACGCCUCAGGUUGAUUUGGCGCAUCUUGUGGCGACUCGUGAUCAGGAAUUGCGAACACUUUCUGCUGAGGUGGAUCAACUCCAUUCAGAGCUUAAUCUCGCUCGAUCUCUGAUCUCUGAGAGAGAUAGAGAGAUACAGCACGUCCGGAAUACCAAUAAUCAGUAUGUUGCAGAAAAUGAAAGGUUAAGAGCUAUCCUUGGAGAAUGGAGUAUGCGAGCUGCAAAGCUUGAACGAGCUUUGGAGGUGGAGAGAAUAUCAAAUCUUGAACUGCGGAAGAAAGGUUUUAAUUUUCCUUCCGAUCAGAGAUUAAUGGCGAAUCUCGACUCCGACGUCACCAUGAUUCCUGCCGGAGAAGCCUCCAGCAGCGUAGCCGCUUCGUCUUCCAACAAGAAAGCUAAGCGAUUCGAGAUUAAAAAGUGGAGCGCCGUUGCUCUCUGGGCUUGGGAUAUCGUUGUUGACAACUGUGCGAUCUGCAGAAACCACAUCAUGGAUCUGUGCAUUGAAUGUCAAGCUAAUCAGGCCAGUGCUACAAGUGAGGAAUGCACUGUUGCUUGGGGGGUUUGCAAUCACGCCUUCCACUUUCACUGCAUCAGCAGAUGGCUAAAGACUCGUCAAGUUUGUCCAUUGGAUAACAGCGAGUGGGAGUUUCAGAAAUAUGGUCACUAAAUCAACAAAUGGUUCCAGCAAACAUGUGGCUAAUCGUGAAGAUAUCAGGUUCAUUUGGUUACCACCGCAUAUGAUAACUAAAAAGAUUGUUCAAGU